CUUGCGAUACAACUACGAAUAUGUGUAACAUUAUACGAGCCACAGGCACACCUUUUUGACUUAGGCCUACGACACGAAUAGUUUGCUAGAAAUGGAAUCGAAUUUCUUAUCAAAUCUACCUACUCAGAGGACAACAGACAAGCUGACCAUUAAUACGCACGUCGAGGGAAAUAAAGUCAAAGCUCGAACUCGAAGUAUUCGCUGGAUUGACUGCCAGGCCAUUGGCUGACACUUUUGGAACAAGAUUCUGAGCCACCGUUAUGGCGCCAGAUGCCACUCACCUUCACGCGCUGUCCCACCCGUACACUCUAGCACGAGCGUCGUCACACCUGUCUACUGUGAAGACGCCAGCCCACAGUGGUUACGUAUUAUUACCUGUGACACCUGAACCACCAACAGAUUCCCCGACCAUGGUUUCGCCAAUGCCGACGCCGACGUUUCCCGUGAUUCGGAAUCUCCAGCUGUAUCUGUGGGGAGCGCUACAGAGUGUCCUCUGUCACCUCUGGGCGGCCAAGGAACUGCUCAGCUGCACGAGGGUCCUCCUGUUUCUGUGUAGCGGCUACCUGGCGCGAGAAGCCAUGAAGGGCGACGCAGAGAAGAGCGUUGUGGGCCGGGGAGGAGCGGAGGAGGAGGUGAAGAAGGAGGAGGAGAAGGAGCAGAACUCCGCAGCCGGCCUGCUGGAGACCCUGGGAGAAGAGGAGAGAGAGGUCCUGAUGAGGGGUACCAUGGCGAUGGAGGAGGAGGAGGAGGAGGAAGAGGCUGAGGCCCUGGAAGAGUCCUCAGACGAGGAAGAUGAGGAAGAGGAGGAAGCGGAGGAGUCAGAGUCUGACUGGAUGGAGUGGGACUCUGAGGAAGAGGAGGAGAUUGAGGAUGAAGAUACUCUUCAUCAGCAGACACGCCCUACAGGCUUCUGUGUGGGAAUCUCUUUCUCUCUGAACUCUAAACAAGCAAGUGAUGACGAGGAGGAAGCAGAAGGUGAAGAUGAAGAAAACUCUGAUUGGUCAGAUGAUGACGACGACUCGGAGGCGUCUGCGGAGAGCGUGGAACUCUGGGAAUCCUUCCUCCACAGCGGCGACCCCUACAACCCCCUCAGCUUCUCCUGCACGCCGGUCUCCAAGAACUCCAGAAACACACCCGCCUCCGCAGCCAUAGGGGAGCAGGAGGUGGAGGAGCAGGAGGAGGUGGAGGAGGAGCAGGAGGAGAGAGAAGACCAACAACACUCCACUCAAAGCACUCAACAAGGGGAGCAGGAGGUGGAGGAGGAGCAGGAGGAGAGAGAAGACCAACAACACUCCACUCAAAGCACUCAACAAAAAAAGAAGGUGCGCUUCAGCGACGAGGUGACAGUGCGCCCCCUAGUGGCCUGGGCCUUCGCUAGCAAGGCGGCGAGGAACGGCUCGUGUUGGAUGGAGAUGGCGCGAGACCGCCAUCGCUUCGGCAGGAGAGUGGAGGACGCUGGGAAAGUCAUUAGCCCCUGUCUGAGUCACGACCACAGACGUAUGGUGUGGGAUAGACGCCAGCAACAAUCGGCACUGUAGAAUAUCUGUUCCAAGAGAACAAAGCUAGUGUUCAUAGUGUUUGUUUUGAAUGUAUGCCCAUAUGUUAGAUUGUGUAGCUCUUACGUAAGACCUCUUUUUUAGAAUGUGUAUUUUUUAUGGUAUGGUGCUUUUCUAUCUUUUUUGUAUAUAUUUAUAUUUGUUUGUGAACAAUUAAGCUAAAAGUUCUGUGUGUGUGUGUGUGUUUUGUUUUUAUAUGAAAACUUGUCUUGUUCAGUUUUCAGCUGUAAGCUGAACUGUGGGUGUUUUCACACAUGUUUACUUGAUUAAUAAAUACAUUUUUAUACUUGAA